AUGUAUUCUCCCAAUAGCGACGACGAGAAGAAGCUUUGGCAUGAAGCGGAGGGGCUUCGCCGUGUCGCCUUCUUUGGCAUUUGCAUCAGUACCGUCGCUACACUAACUGCUAUCGUUGCUAUUCCUUCCUUGUACAACUACAUGCAACUUGUACAGUCUUCGUUGCAAACAGAAGUUGACUUCUGCAAGCACAGGACAAACGGGCUUUUUGACCAGUACGAACGCAUGCAACAAGUUAAAGGAGUUAGAGGAGGGAUCGUGAAACGACAGGCUGGGUACGAUGUUCCCCAGUACAACGGUCCGUCUGACGCUGGAGUUCAAGGUAGCUCCGCCCAGCUAGCAGGUACAUGCUGCAGCUGUAAGUCAGGGCUUGCUGGACCGCCAGGGCCUCCUGGUCAAGACGGAACUGAUGGAAGAGAUGGCUUGCCUGGAGCAAAUGGAGAACCUGGUGCUGAUGCUGAUCCUGAUGCAGUGCCCACAGCUGAAGACUUCUGCUUUGACUGUCCUGCAGGACCGCCAGGACCACCUGGAAAACCAGGCCCCAAAGGACCGAAUGGCAAUCCAGGAGCUGACGGAGAGCCCGGACCGAAUGGACAACCGGGUCUACCUGGUCCACCUGGUCCACAAGGACCUCCUGGUGCCGACGGAGAGCCAGGCCUUCCUGGUGAGCAAGGGCAGCCUGGAGUUAUUGAGGAGGUACCCGUCCCAGAUGGACCCCCUGGACCUCCAGGACCGCCUGGACUACCCGGCCCAGACGGAAGGCCGGGAGCACCUGGCCAGCCUGGACACGACGGACCUCAAGGACCACCUGGAGACCCUGGACGAGAUGGUCCUUCAGGAAAUCCAGGUGCUCCUGGAGAACAAGGAGCAGUUGGACAGCCAGGGUCCGGAGGUAGUUGCGAUCAUUGUCCUCCCCCUCGAACUGCUCCUGGUUAUUAA